AUGCCUCGCACACGCAGUCGUCAUGCAACUCGCAUAUCCCGACGCAGCCCACCCCGCGAAACACAUUCCGGGGUAGGUAUUCGUCCAAGUUUGAAGAAAACCGAUAUUUGUGUCGGCUGUAUAGUAUGGCUUCCGUCUAAGUUGGAAAGCGAUGGCGAUUUAGUUUGUAGUCGUGAAAAAGGUUGUUGCAAUGGGAGAUGCUUGAAUGAUGAGGGGUAUAAUCAUCCGGUUGUGAUUUUGGAGCAUGAGGGAGAUACUUGUUCCGUUGCUAUGUUAACAUCUAAGCCCCGUCAAAAAUACAACCAGAAAACCCGCAUCGCGAUAUCUCAAACCCCUCAAAAUCUAGAAGACGUAGAUACCGAUCCUGAAAUUAUGCUCUAUCUUGAAGCAGGAGAAAUGAAUAAAGCCUCAUUCGUUAUUACUGAGCAUGUUUUUCCAAUACCCUUCUCAAAGCUCCGCGCUAUUAGCUUUAAACCCGAUUCCAGAGCUUUCGAUACAAGACUUUGUAAAACGAGCUACCUGGAAUUGAUAGGGAGAUUUGAGAUGGAUAAGGAUAUAGCAGAAUGGAUGGACACGGUGGCCAUGAAGGGAAAACAAGGAAAUGCGAAUGCUGAGAGGAGAAGAAAGGGACAGAGGAGACAGAGGGUUACAUUCAGAGAUCCAUGGGAGGAAAUCAGAGAGAAUAUAUCGGCUUCGCAUCAAAGCUCUGAGGGCACAACACGACCUCUGGAUCAGAGAAGUCUUUCCGAACCUAUACCAUCUACAAGCUUUCCCGCUCUUCCCCAAAUAACUCCGCAAACACACACUGUUCCCACAACCCCAUCACCAGGAUGGUACACCUAUAGCGUUGCAACGAACCUCGCGAAUGAACGACAAUCUCUCCUCCAGCAAACAUAUCCUAUUCCAUCUCAUCUUCCGCCAUCUCCAUCGCCUUCUCCACCUUUGAUAAUAGGACAUCAACAAUACCAUACUGAUGUUCCACCCCGUCCUUCACGUCCAAAUUACCACGUUACGCUUCCGUCAGUUGAGAGAUACGAUCGAUCGCAUUGGGAUGCAAGGAUACGCAACAAUAAUUCCCGAAGUCAAGAUUUGGAGGGUGGAAGAUAUGGCGUUAGGAGCGGGAACGGGAAUGGGAAUGGAGAAGAGGGAGAGAGAUAUGAGGGAGGUUUGUUUGUGCAGCUUGUGGUUGUAUUUUUGGGAUUGGGUGGAUUUGUUUGGUGGUUGUAUGGGAAGUAA